GCGGGGGCGGGGAGGCGCGGGGCGACAGACGCGCGAACACUUGUGGGCCUGAGCCAGGGAAUGUCCCACGCCGCCCUGCUACAUCGCGGUCAUGGAGAAGAGGAUAGAACUUGAGAGAAGGGGCAGAAGUCCUUCCACGAUCACAGAGCUCAACUUGGACAACUGCAAAAGCACCAGUGUUGUGGGCCUCACAGAAGAAUUUGAGAAUUUGGAAGUGCUGAGCCUUAUCAAUGUUGGAUUGACCACUCUGAAGGGCUUCCCAGCUCUUCCCAAUCUACGGAAGCUGGAGCUCAGUGACAAUCGAAUCUCAGGUGGAUUGAGUGCCCUCACUUGCCUUCCCAAGCUCUCUUACCUUAACCUCUCUGGCAAUAGAAUCAAAGACCUGGAAACUCUGGAGCCUCUAAGUCACUUGAAAUCCCUAUUCAACCUAGACCUGUUCAACUGUGAGGUACUGCAGACUGAAAACUACAGGGAAAAGAUGUUUGCUCUUGUACCUUCCCUGGUAUAUCUUGAUGGGUUUGACAAAGAAGACAACAGUGAAGGAGAAGAGGAUGGAGAAGAGGAGGAGGAUGGAGUGGAUGCUCUAGGUGAUGGCGACCGUGAAGAAGAUGACGGUGUGGUGGUGGAGGGAGAUCAGGAUGAAGAUGAUGAUGAUGGGGGUGAGGAGGAGGAAGAAAUAGAUGAAGAGGAAGUAGAAGAGGAGGAAGAUGAAGACGAGGAGGAAGAUGUGGCUCUUGAUGCCCUGUACAAGGAUUAUGAUCCUGAAGGUGAUGAUGACUAUGAAGCUGUAGAGGGCGAAGGAGAAGAGGAUGAUGAUGUUAUAGAGGAGGAGGAUGGUGAUCUUCCCAGGGGACAAAAGAGGAAGCUAGAGGAUGGUGACGACUAACUGGGUUGACCUGUCGUUGGCCACAUGGUGGCCGGUGAUAGGGGUUAAUGGGGGAGACUGGAGCAGCAGCACAGCCACACUGUUGGUAUUUGGGCCAUGCUUUAGUAAACACUGGUCCAUUAAACACUUAGGAUGGUGGUUGCUGAAUAACAACUGCAGUGAUGAGGAAGAUCAAAGUCUGACUCUAGCUUACAGUAAUCUCAAAGUACAUACAUCUGUUAAAUUUACCUCAGUGUAUCAAAAGCUUCUCUGUUUUAACUCAUUGGACCCUUCACAGGUUGUGUCUGUAAAAAAAAGACAUGGAAUAUAAUUACAAAUUCAGCCCUACACAUCUCUGGGACCUGUAGCCUUACCCUCCUUCUAGCUCAUAGAGAUUUGCAGAAUUUGGAGGAUUUACUAUGGUUGUAGCUGCCUUCCCUUGUGAAUGCUUGGGUGCAUGCUGGAGUUCUUGGUCAAACUUUUUGUAUUUUGUUAUGUUGCCAAAUGGAAUAAGUGAAUUAAUGGAUUUUAAAAAAUCACACUAGUUUGUUGAUGUGGCUGGUGUAAGGGCUACAGGACCCAAGGAGUGUCUGAGGUGAGGAGGGAGUGGUGGUAUGUGUGGAGGCCAGUAACAACCUGGUGAUGUGGUUCAACACAUCACAGCUUCACAACUGCUGUAAGUCAUUUAGCAUUUGCUUUUCUUUCUUUUGAUGUCUGUCUCAAAUCUGUUAAAGUCAUGGAAUGUUGUCUUUAAAUCUAACUUUAAUCUGUUUGUUGUUCAGUAAUUGUUCAGAUUUUUAAAAAUGUUAUCAGCAAUAAGAUUUCAUAGAUUUCAUUUUGGAUCCCAACUGGUGAAUAUGUGUGUACAUGUAAGCAUAAGACUCCUAGUUAAUGUUAGGGCAGAGUUGUACAGGCAGCCUAAUGGAAACUACCAUCAUUAAAGUGAUUACAUAUAUGAUGUUGGCACAGGAUUACCAGAAGUAAUAUUUUAUAUUAUUAUUAUUUUAUUUUAUUUUAUUUUAUUUUUUACUUUAUUUUUUUAAUCAUGUAUACAAUAGAAAAUGUGUACCAUUAGAUUAGAUGGUGUUUAUGUGUGCAUGUGUGUGUGUGUGUGUAUGGAUGGGGAUGUGUGCAGAGAUGCAUGUGAGUGUUUUUUUGUAUGUAUGGAUGUAUGUGUCUACAGCUGUCUGUGCAUGUGAAUACAUGUGGCUGGCCAAGCCCUCUGUCACGGCUGCUGAGGUUAGCUGGUCUCACGAGAGCUGGUGACCAAGCUGUACCACUGCCUUUCCUUUCCUCUGUCAUCAGAUGUGAGGACCUUUCUUUGUUCCUGUUAAAAGGAAGCAAAGGUUUAGCCUUAUCAGUUUUUCAUAAUAAGUAGUUAGCAGUUUAAUUUAAAGCAGAGAUGGAUAUUUAAAGUUUGACAUUGAUGAAAAUGUAUUUGAUAUUUUUAGGUUGAUUUAUUUGAUAAUCUGUGAGAUUACACAGUGGCAAUGGAAUGCUAGGUCACAAAAGACUUUGUAAAUUUGCAGUGAUAUGUGUUUGCUGCUGAAGUUAGGUAUUGUCAAGUUGUAGUAGUAGUGCAGUCUGAUCUCAAGGCAACAGCUCCUCCUCCUCCUCCUCCACACACCCCCAGCAGCCAUGACCCCCAGCUGUGUGUAACAUGCAAGUCCUCAGCAUUCCUACACCCCACCUCUUGAUGCUUUUCAGAGUGCAGUUUUGUGUUUGGGUUAGGAAGUACCAUAUGCAGAAAAGCAAGGAUCAAGAUAGUAUAGUUUAAAUCAACAGCUUUGGUGAAUACCAAAACAUUGAAGAGCCUUGGUUGGUGUGCUUGAAUCAUAAAAUGCAUAAUGAGUAGCAAUAUUUAAAUAUCAUGGUGGGGGAUGCUGGGGUAGUGUGUCCACUACAGUUAUCAAGAGUACAAAGUACAGGGCCCAGCCUCUGCUGCAGCCAGGUAACACAGCCAUCAGGCGCAGCAGUCAUGUGUAAGGUUAUCCGUCUCACUCAGAACUUGUCCCGUGUGGGUCCCCUCACCUGGGUUGCAGGAGGCCCCAUAAGAGUUAGUUACACACAGUUGCUGCAGACAGUAGUAGCCCAUGUGCCUCUUGGUGAGGUGAGGUCAUCACCACCCAUUUUAGUAACAACCCUUUGUAUAGUUUGAGUUUGGGCUGCUCUCAGGCCUUUGGUGUAGCUGUUUGAGGUACUGCACCUGUUUUUUGUCUCUUGUUAGGCCUUAGUAAUUAUCUGUCUAUCUAUCUAUCUAUCUAUCUUCCUUAGCCACUCACAGGCAGGUUUUGGGGCAAUUAAAUGGAAUUAUGAUGUUUAUUGGUAGUAUGUGCCUCAGAAUCACCAAAACCAGACUGUAGUUGCAGUGGGUUUAAUUAUGUUUGUGGAGUAUAUGAGCAGUUAUGACUAGCAGUCAGUUUUACUGUUAUGCAAGGGUGUCUGAGUGCAAUUCCUCACCAAACACUGUAUCUAAAAGUACUUCACUGUGGCAUUGACUGGAUUUCCACUGUCCUGUAUGUAUGCUAGGGUGAAUGUGUAUGUGUGUGAAUGAAGUAUUGCUGCUGGCCUUGAUGAGCACCCCACAUCAUCCUCCUCAGCCCUUACUCAUGGCUGUCCUCUUUCAGUAACUUUUUUCCAAAUCUUUUAAUGUAUUUUUUUUUUCCUUGGUUAAUUGUUCAAUGCAUUUGAGACUUGAUCAGUUUUGGUAAAAUGCUAAAUGUUUAGGUCUUAUAUGGAUUUGCUAUAAAUUGUUUAGACUGCUUAUGAUAAAAGUUUAUAAUAGAGAUAUGUACAAGAGAAAGAAAGGGCACCAGAAACUCACUGGCAUGAAGAACAAAAUGCCUGCUAAAUAUGAUCACUCCAUAUAAAUGUUGAGGGAAUGAGGUGCCAUCAAGGUCACACUCAACUUCAUACUUCCAGGUCAUAGAGCAGUCACCUCCCAAGCUAGUUAGUAGGGGGGGGGCAUUUGGGGACUGGAAACCCCAUUGAUAAAAGAGAUCCCCCAUAUAAUGUUCAAAAUUUAGGAGAUCUGGCUUUAUUUAAAGAAUUAAGGAUUCAUCUUUUAUGUACAAAUUCACGGGAGAACUCUGUGAAUAAGCAGGGUGUGGUGUCCCUAAGUGCUUCCUCUUGGAGUAGUUGUAGUAGACUUCUAGACCCCAUGCAGAGAAAGGUGCCUUCCCUGAGGGGUGCCAACACUGCCUCCCACCCCUCACUGAUCCUGUUGGAGGCUAGCUAGCUUUUUCUUUACACUAGGCAUUGUUUUCUUCAUGGUCCAUCUUUAAGUCUGAUGUUUGUUAGAAAUUAUGUCACUACCUGAAGUAUUUUGUAUGUCAGCAGGGUAUGUAUUUUGUAGUUCACAAAACUCCAAGUGAAGGCCUUAUUCAUGUCCAGGCCUGAGUGUUCCAGGAUUAUGAUGAAAGUUUGAGUGGCUCUUCCUUGGAACUCCUUCAAUGUGGCGACCUCAUAGUGAUAGUUUUGUUGUAAGUUGCUAAUUUGUUGUGCUUAUUUUCCUGAUUUUUUUUCUCAUAGGUGUGGAAAAUUCAGGUGGUGUAACUUCAAUUCACUACUUAAGCUUUUAUCUGGACAUGAUUAAAGGCAAAAAUUUUACAUGGACAUGACUGAAGAGCUGUACCUUGUGUCAUAACAAUAGCAUAAACAAUAAUCCUCAUUCCUUGACCUUUGUUUGUGUGGAAUUACCAUAAGUUUUGACUUUGCCGAUGCCUUUAGAUCAAGUAUUCAGUAACAAUGUUUUAGGACCUCACCUAGCACAUGAAAUGAGCCUCUCAGUGCUUUUGCAUGGCAUACCAGGUUCAGAACUUCCAAAGUAUCAGUCAGUCAAUACUGCUUAUACAUAAAUGUCUCACCCAUUUAUUGCAUAGUAUCUUAUCACUUCCAUUUACGUCUUCAUCAUGAAGUGUUGAUAGGCUAAUUGCAGCUUUUUAACUAUUGCUGUUAACAAUAAGAUACAAUGGGAACUUCUUACACAUUAGAAUAUAUUACAAAGAGAAAGAUAUCUGCUUCAUGUAAGUAGCAUUGCACCAGUGAAGGGAAAUCUAAUGAAAUGCAUAGCAACACCAUUGAUUUUUUAUUUUUUCUAUUUUAAUAUCUUGCUAAAAUCCUCUCAUUUGAUUUUGUAAUUAGUUUGUACUAUACAUAUUGAUACAUUUGCUAGGUGUGUUCCUGAUGCCAUGGCAAACUAAAUGAUUGGUUUGAAUUUUGCUACUUGUAGUAUAGUAAAAAAAAUAAUUUCAUGCACAAGCAUUCAAUUGCUUUAGUAUUUUUACUGUUGUAACUCAGAUUUUUGUGGCAUAAAUGUAAACAAAAUGAGAACCCAUCUUAGAUGAUUAACUCAUUGUCUUGCCUCUGAACCUUUAAACUCUGUUAGGAAUGUGAAUGGUAAUUUAAACAUCGGGCAUUUAGGAACAACUAAUUCCACAAAUACAUACUAUUAUUGGGAUAUAUUUAUAAGAAUAGUAGGAUAAAAAUAACUGCAUAUACUUAAAUCAAUCUUCCUUAAUUUUGUAGCAGAAUUUGGUUUAUUUCUUGGCUGUAAAACCUGUUCAAGUUGUAGCUCAUAAAGAAAAUUAAAAUCAGGACUAUUGAUUUUAUAUAUUGUAAUGAAAAUUAUGAAAUUGGAGAUAUGAUCCAAAGUUGUUGCUUUACUUCAGCAUUGCAAAUGAAUCCUUUCCUGCUACUCUGCUGGCGUUAAAUCCUACAGCCUGUCCAUUACUUAUGUGCACUAGUAAUUUCCUGAAAACACAUGUAUUUAUUUAGAGAUUAAGUUGUAAGAAAGGCAACUGAGACUAUGUGUUAUAUUUUUUAAUGAAAACUGUUGUUAGUAUUAUUCUCAGUCUAUCGUAAUAGAAGUUGAUAUUUUGUGCAUAGUUCCCAACUCUUCAGAUAUUAACUGCAAGGAGCAGGUAGCCAUUCCAUCUUUAGAUACAUAAUAUUUCACAGAGAAACAUUGCAUUGACAGAGGGGACUGUGCUAAUGUUCCUUGCAGAAAUAGUAGAGGGCUGUUGGUGAGGUUCUUUCUUAUGCUACUGCUGCCUGUCUUUGGUGGAAAAUUGCAAAAAGUUGACAUUUGAUGAAGAGUUGACAUAAUCCCAGUCACCUGUGUAAGGAAACCAUAGCAGUUUGGUAGUCUUUAGGUUUUUAAGGCUUGCAUUUUUCAGCAUGUGCAGUCCAGCACUGUGUUUUGUAUUGCUUAAUGUCUCUCAGCUAGACCAAGUUUGAAUUAUAUAUAUCAAUAUGUUUUUUUUACCUGUUUCAUAAUAGCCAGGGAAAGGAAUUCUUAUUUUUGCAUUUAGUUUGGGUCGUAUUUACUGGACACUGCAGAUAUUCCAUGAAAUUGGUUUUGGCUUUAGGAAUUUUCCUUGAUAUACAAUAGAAUUUAAUGUUUUGCAUGUGGCUCAAUACUAGUAGCCUGUAGGACCUAAACAUCAACCUUAUUCCAGAUGCCAUUUUUUAGUCAUACAUUUAGCCAUGAACAAUUAUCCCAUAUAGCUUGAUAUCCGUGUCUCACCAACAAAGAAGUAACUACAUUGAAGUGGAGGCAGGCUGUACAACACAAUAUGGGUACAUCACUUUUUUUUUUUUUUUUUUUUUUUUUUUUUUUUUUUUUUUUAUGUUGCAGAAACAAGUUUAACCUUCCAAUCCAUGUGAAUUGUACCAGAACCUUUCACUGCACAUAACAUCUUCAAACUUUCCCUGGCAGUGAAGGAAACAUUGUGAGAUUUCAGCAGUGCUAUUUGUCAAGUGGUGUGAUUUAUGCCUGCAAUUUCAUGUGAUUUAUCCAGAAAAUUUACAAAAUAUUUUUGUACUUUACUACACUGAUUGGAUUAAGUACAAUGCUGAUUGAUACUGUGAACUCUUUAAAUACUAAUGCUGCUGUGGGAGGUGAUCACUGAUCUGUGUUCCUGAGAGGUUGUUUUAAUAAUGUAGAAACGAGUUGCAAAUACACUUUCAUUUUUUGUA